AGAGUGCGUUCCGCUGAUCAUCUCCGUCCCUCCCUCCAGCAAUCGGAUUGCCUGUGCCACUGACGACAGCCAGUCACACAGUACCGAGAGUGUGCUGUGGAGAGACUGCAUCAGGGAGCUGUGCGCUUGGAUCGGGAGCAGUGCGUGGGAGUUGUUCUCUACCUGCCAUUUGCAUUCCUUCUUUAUUCUCAUCGGACGAGUUCGGGCUCACAAGGAGCCCCAUUACCAAGGGAGGAUCGCGCUGUAUGUGCGCGUUUGUGUGGGUUAUCUGUUUUAACUACUGCUAUCGUCUCAGAACUGCAGCAGUGCCGUUUUGGAGAAAGUCGUUGGAAAUCAGCAGGAAACGGCUGCCUGGUGUCUGUUCUCCCUUGUCAUCUUUUAAAGCUAUCUAUCAAGGAGAUGGACUUGAGAUAGUGCGUCUCAGUUUAAGUGUUGGUGGCUGGGAGUUGCCGUCGGGAAGAAAUGCGAAAGGAUGCUUGGAAGCAGUGAGGGCUACAGCAGGUAACCGAUAAGAUGGUGGGCAGGGAAGCGACUGGGCACAGCUACCUGGUGGCUUUCUGGCAGCCUAUUCUGAUUCUGAUGCUGAGCACCGUCCUGUCUGGAUCCACAACAGGCUGUCCAUCCCGGUGUGAUUGCAAUGUUCAAGAGCGAUCGGUGAUGUGCCACCGCAAGAGACUCAUAACAGUUCCUGAAGGCAUUCCUGCAGAAACAAGACUGCUGGACCUCAGCAAGAACCGUAUCAGAACCAUUAACCCAGAUGAGUUUGCCAACUGUCCCAACCUUGAACACCUGGAACUGAGUGAAAACACUAUCUCCACUAUUGAGCCUGGAGCAUUCAACAACCUUUAUGGCUUGCGAAUAUUGGGGCUACGUAGCAACAAGCUAAAGCUCAUCCAGCUCGGUGUGUUCACAGGUCUGAGCAAUCUUACACAGCUGGACAUAAGUGAGAACAAGAUUGUCAUCCUGUUGGACUACAUGUUCCAGGAUUUGUAUAACCUCCGCUCUUUAGAAGUGGGUGAUAAUGAUCUGGUUUUCAUCUCCCAUCGAGCUUUUCAUGGCCUAAGUAGUCUUGAGCACCUGAGUCUUGAGAAGUGCAACUUGUCUUCUGUGCCAACAGAGGCUUUUACCCACCUCCACAGUUUAAUCACUCUCAGGCUGCGUCACCUCAAUAUCAAUGUCAUACGGGAUUAUUCUUUUAAACGGCUCUAUCGGUUAAAAAUAUUGGAAAUAGCAAAUUGGCCAUAUUUGGAUACGAUGACCCCAAAUUGCUUGUAUGGAUUAAAUCUCACCUACCUGACGAUUGCAAAUGCCAACCUGACCACAAUUCCUUAUGUAGCCUUGCAGCACUUGGUUUAUUUGCGCUUUCUCAAUCUUUCAUACAACCCUAUCCAUACCAUUGAAGGAAAUAAGCUCCAUGAUCUGCUGCGUCUGCAGGAAUUUCACCUUGUGGGAGGCAGACUGGCAAUGAUUGAACCCUACUCUUUCCGAGGUCUAAACUACCUGAAAAUACUAAAUGUGUCUGGGAACUCGCUUAGUACUUUAGAGGAGUCUGCUUUCCAUUCAGUUGGCAACCUGGAAACCCUGGCAUUGUAUGAUAAUCCCUUGGCCUGUGACUGUCGACUAUUGUGGGUUUUCCGCCGACGCUGGAGACUGAACUUCAACAGGCAGCAGCCCACCUGUGCCUCCCCUGAGUUCGUCCAAGGCAAAGAGUUCAAAGACUUCCCAGAUGUUCUGCAGCCAAACUACUUCACGUGUCGCAAGUCUAGGAUUAGGGAUCGCAAACCUCAGCAAAAAUUUGUUGACGAGGGAGCCAUUGUUCAUUUUGCUUGCCAAGCAGAUGGGGAUCCCGCUCCAGUGAUAAUGUGGCGAUCUCCACAGAAAAAGUUUAUCACCACCAAGAUGAUUGGAAGGCUGUCUGUGUUGCCAGAUGGUACUCUCGAAGUGCGCUAUGCCCAGAUUCAAGACAACGGUACAUAUGUGUGUAUAGCUAGCAACGCAGGUGGAAAUGACACCUCUCUUGCACACCUUCAUAUUCAUAGCUAUUCGCCUGACUGGCCACACCAGCCCAACAAAACAUUUGCUUUCAUAUCCAACCAGCCGACAGAAACUGGAGCUAAUGAUACAAGAGUCAAUGCCCCUUUCCCAUUCGACAUAAAGACAUUGAUUAUUGCAACUACAAUGGGAUUCAUCUCAUUUCUUGGUGUCGUCCUCUUUUGCCUGGUACUGCUGUUCCUCUGGAGCAGAGGUAAAGGCAACACUAAACACAACAUUGAGAUUGAGUAUGUGCCACGGAAAUCAGACGCUGGCAUGAGCAGCACCACAGUGGAUGCUCCUCGCAAAUUUAACAUGAAAAUGAUCUAACAGAGCUGUGGAAUUUAUUAAUUUUGAACU